ACCAUGCAGCCAGCGGUGCUUCUUGGCCUCCUAGGAGCCGCGGUGGUGGCUGCUGUCAGUUCUGUGCCAGUGGAUAACAGAAACCACAAUGAAGAAAUGGUGACUCGCUGCAUCAUCGAGGUCCUCUCGAAUGCUCUGUUGAAGUCCAACGCUCCACCCAUCACCCCUGAGUGCCGCCAAGUCUUGAAGAAGAGUGGAAAAGAAGUCAAAGAUGAAGAGAAAAGUGAAAAUGAAAACAAAAAGUUUGAAGUAAGAUUGUUAAGAGACUCAAAGGAUGCCUUAGAAGCCCACACACCCUCCAGUAGGGAGGAAAUGGUAGCCCCAGGGAAGGAAGACAGACAAGACCCAACAAAGGAAGACAAUGAGAAAUGGGCAUUAGGAGGUGGGCACAGCAGAGAGGAAGCAGGUGAGGCUCAAGGGAGCCUUUAUCCCUCUGCCAGUCAAGUCUCUGAAGAAACAAAGACACACCAUUCCAAGAAGGUGGAGGAAGAGGAUAGAGAGGAAUACCAGAAAAAGGAACAUGGAGAAGAUAAUGAAAAGAAAUACCUUGGAGAGUUAGGAGAGACACAAAAUGCCUUUCUCAACAACAGAAACCAUGCUUCACUUAAAAAUAAUGAGGAGUUAGUGGCCAGAUAUGACAAACAGUCUCCAAGGCACCCUGAGGAAGAGACACACAGCAGAGAGGAGACAAACAGUCAUGAGGAGACACACAGCCCAGACGAAAGCAGUCAAGCAAGUAGAGAGGAGGUGGAAAGGAGCCAGGAGAAACACUCCCAAGAGUCGAAAAGCCAACCUGGGAGCCAAGAAGAAUCUGAGGAAAGUGAGGAAAAUGCCACUGCUGAGGUGGUCAAACGCUUGAGGCAGAAACACCAUCAUGGGCGGAGCAGGUCUGACAGGUUUUCUCAAGAAGGGAAACCUCCCUCUGAGGAAAGGAGACACUCCAUUGGGGGACCUGAGGACUCAAACAUGGGCAUGGCAAGUUUAGGAGAAAAGAAGGACUACCAUAUAACCCACUUUAUGGCGUCAGAGGAAGAACCCAAAUAUGGAGAAGUGAGAAAUUACCCAGGUGCCCAAACUCCAGAAGACCUGGAGGAGGAAAGAUAUGGAGGCAGAGGAAGUGAAGAGUAUAGGGUUCCAAGGCCUCACAGUGAGGAGAGCCAGGAGGAGGAGGACAAGAGAAAUCACCCCAACUCUGAACUUGACAACAUUGCACAGAGAUAUAGUGAGGAAAGUGAGGAAGUAAAAGGCCAUGAAGCAGGGAAGGGACUUUAUCACAGAGGCAGGGGUGGAGAUCCAAGUGCCUAUUCUGCUCCUGACACCAGAGAAGAGAAAAAGUUUUUGGGAGAAGGAUACCACCAUGUUCCAGAAACUCUGAUGGACAAAGCAAGAAGACAUCCACAGGGUGAAUGGAAAGAGCAGGACAGAAAUUACCUCAGCUAUGGUGAGGGAAAUGGUGAAGAUGGAGUCCAAGGCAAGUGGCAGGGGCAGGAGGAUCUGCAAGACAGUAAAGAGAAUAGGGAAGAAGCUUACCUUCAAGAGAAACACUAUUUUCCCCAUCACACUGCUGAAAAGAGAAAGCGACUAGGGGAGCUGCUCAGCCCAUACUAUGAUCCUACCCAGUGGAAGAGCAGCCAUUUUGACAGAAAGGACAACAUGGAUGACAAUUUUCUUGAGAAUGAAGAGGAAAAUGGGCUGACCCUGAAUGAGAAAAAUUUCUUUCCAGAAUACAACUACGAUUGGUGGGAGAAAAAACCCUUUGAGGAGGAUGUGAACUGGGGAUAUGAGAAGAGAAACCUUGCCAGGACCCCCAAGCUGGAACUGAAAAGGCAGUAUGACAGGGUGGCUGAACUGGACCAGCUCCUACACUAUAGGAAGAAGGCAGUUGAAUUUCCAGACUUCUAUGACUCUGAGGAACCACUGAGUACACGUCAAGUGGCAGAAAAUGAAAAGGACAGGGCCAACCAAAGAGUUCUCACUGAGGAAGAGCAAAGACAACUUGAAAACUUGGCUGCGAUGGAUUUGGAACUACAGAAAAUAGCUGAGAAGUUUAGUGGUAACCGAAGGGGCUGA